AUGAGACUUCACAGCAACUCCUCAAAGGCUUUCCGAGGCGCCCAGGAAGUAAAGAUGGCGGCUCAAACACUGCUGACCGAAUCUGUGCUCGGGUGGUCUAUAUUCACUAUUAUUCUCUUGGUAAUCCUGGCUUUUUGUUGGGUCUACAUCCGUAAAUUUCAGAGUCGUCAGGAGAGCGAGGCUGUUUCAACAAUCACAGCAAUAUGCGCCCUGGCUGUUGCCUUGAUUUCUUCAGCACUUCUUCCAGUGGAUAUAUUCCUUGUAUCAUUCAUGAAAUAUCCCAAUGGUACAUAUAAGGAAUGGGCUGCAGAUAAUGUGACCAGGGCCAACAUUGAGGAUUCUGUACUUUAUGGGUAUUACACACUCUACUCCAUCAUACUGUUUUGUGUCUUCCUAUGGAUUCCCUUCGUCUACUUCUACUAUGAGGAAAGAGAUGACGACAACAUCAACAAAUGCUCCCAAGUAAAAAAUGCACUGAAAUAUACAAUUGGAUUUGCCAUUGUCUGCAUAGCACUCCUUUUAAUUGGAGCCUUUGUUCCUCUGCAACCUCCACAGCAGAAUGGCACCCAAUGGGAUAAAGUACAGUACCUGUUUGAGGAACUUGGAAGUAGCCAUGGGCUUCCUGCGCUGUCGUUCUCCAUCAGCUCCUUGACCUUGAUCGGCAUGUUGGCCGUCAUCACUUACACAGCUUAUGGCAUGUCGGUUCUGCCUUUGAAUCUGAUAAAGGGAACACGCAGUGUAGCAUAUGAGCGUCUGGAGAACACUGAGGACAUGGAUGAUGUGGAGCAGCAGAUAGAUAUCCUCAAAUCCAAGUGUAAAGAUGGUCGUCCCUUGUCCUCUCGAGACAGACGGAGCCUUCAUGAGCUGGAGGGGAAACUGCAAGUCCUUCGACGCAGGAACAGACACCUGGAAAUUGCAGAGAGAAACUGCUGCUCUAAAGUGGGCAGUGCUCUCAGACCUUUCAAGAUUGUACUGGGGAUUUUCUUCAUCCUGGUGGCACUACUGUUUGUUGUUGCUUUAUUAAUUUCAAAUUUGGAUAAAGCUCUCCACUCAGCAGGCAUCAGCUCUGGGUUUGUAGUCUUUGGCACAAAUCUCACCAACCCCCUGAACGAACUUCUAUUGGUCUUGCAGCCGGUUUUCCCAUUAGAUUACAUCCUGAUCACUGUUAUAACCAUGUACUUCGUGUUCACUUCAAUGGCUGGUAUUCGCAACAUGGGCAUUUGGUUCUUCUGGAUAAGGCUUUACAAAAUCAGACCAAAGCGCACUCGACCUCAGGCUCUGCUCUUCCUCUGUAUGAUCCUCCUAUUGAUCGUUCUACAUACCAGCUACAUGAUCUACAGCCUCGCCCCUCAGUAUGUCAUGUAUGGGAGCCAGAAGUAUCUUGUACUUCUGCCCUCUGUGAAUAAUGCUACCUUCAGCGCUACAAGAAGCUGUGAUGCUGAUGCGCCUGAGGAUCAGUGCACCGUGACCAGAUCCUAUCUCUUCCUGCACAAGUUUUGGUUCUUCAGCACAAUCUACUACUUCGGCAACUGGGCCUUUAUUAUAACCUUCCUGAUCGGUCUGGUGGUGUCCUGCUGCAGAGGCAAAAAGUCUGUGAUUGAAGGCGAGGUGGAGGCAGAUGACUCAGACUUAAGUGAUGACGAAUACAUCCACUGA